AUGGUGCCCAAAGCCUUCGAGGCAGGCUACCCGAACACACCCGGAUUCCGCAAAGUCGUCAAAGCAACCAUCUACAUCAAGAAGAAAGCGGGCAUGUCUGACGCGGAUUUCGUCGAGUACUACAAUCACAGCCACGCCCAGCGCGCGGUGCCCAUCCUGCAGCGCCAUGGGAUCGUCAGCUACAGCCUGUCCUACCACCUAGACCGUGAUAGGAAAAUGCUCCAGGACAUCAUGCAUGGCAACGCGAGGCUGAUGGACUACGAUGCGAUAUGCACCUUUGUGUUUCCAGACUACCUUGCGCUGGCCAAGUUUCUGUACGACAAAGACGGCGCUGCACUGAACAGCGAUCACGAUAACUUCAUGGACGAUAGCCAGAUGAAGAUGAUGGUCGGCGACGAGUACAUGUUGAUUGAGGAUGGGCAGAAAGUAGGCUGA